AUGCAAUCUCCUUUUAGAUUAUACUCUGCUCAAAGAACAUUCACUUGUAGAAAUAUGGAGAACAAAGCUUCCUUCUUCAUCUCCAAAAGUAUGUCUGUUAUCUAGUCUAAGAAAUCAAAUAAUCAAAAAAAUAACAAGAAAUUGAUAAUCUCAACGAAUAAUUAUUAAAAGUCAAGCAAUCCAAUAAUCAACUCAUCGAAGAAAACAAACAAUUGAAAUAGUAAAUAUUGCAUUUCCAGGUUUCCAUGCAUUCUUAUCUAGAAAUAAUUAAAUAAACAAGAAAAGUUACUCAUUUUGAAUACACAAACCAAGGCUGAAUCCAAACAAACUGAAUUAGAAUUUUAAGUUAGAAUGAAAACCGAAGAAGUAUAUAAUAAGCUCUAAUACCAAGACAUGUUCCAUUAUUGCAUAUCAAAAGCAAAUCAAGGAUUAUAAAGCAAGGGAAUUGUACAAUCAACAAUAGAUUGAAGAAUUAAAAAGAGACACAAGAAGAACAAAGUUACAAGAAUGCUAGGUUCACUAUUAUCCAUAUUCUUUAAGAUAGAAUGUAAAAUUAUCAAAGAAGAAUUCGAAAAAAUGAAAUUUAAAUAUUAGGCAUUAAUUCAUUAGAUGUAAUUUUAUAUUUAUUUACAAAUACAAUAGCCAAUUCAGUCAAAAAGAAGAAUUAUUGAAAGAUAAUAUUAAAAUUAGUUAAGAAUUACUUAUUUCUUAAUAGAAAAUCUAGGAAUUAGAAUUACAUAAUAAGAAAAUAUAACAAGAUUUACAUCAUUCUGAUUUUAAAAGAAUGCAAAGUGAAAAAUUAGUUUUUGAUAAAGAAAAAGAAUUGCAACUGAUACAAUUUGAAUAUAGCAAUCCAAAAAAAACAAUCAAUGACUUAAAUCGACAAUGGUAAAUGAGAUUAGAAAACCAAAAGCAACUCUACCAGCAAUUAGAAGAAGAAGUAAAACUACGAAAUGAGAAAAUCAACCUUUUAGAAAAAACACUAAAAGAAGACAAAACUGCCUAUUAACUUAAAGAGGCACACUACAAGAGAGAAAUCGAUAAUUUGAAUAUUUAGAUAGGAUAAUUUAAAGAAACUAUUCAACAUUUAGAAAAUCAGCAAAUAGCAGAACAAAGUUCAGAUGAACAAGAGUCUUUAUCUGAAAAAUCACUUCGGAAAGCAUCUCAAACUUAAUAAAAACAAAAAACCGUAGUGUUGAACAGAAAAAAGGUUUAAAAGGUGAGUUCAAAAGAGGUGGAGAUCAUAGGAAAGGAAUUAGCAUUGAAACUUUAACUUGCUUAAAUCCCAUUCUCAAAAUUAGACUCAUACCUUUAUUCUAAAUCCUCAAGAGGCAUAAUUAAUUUAAGUGAAAUCGAAGAAAUCCUUAAGCAAUCUCCGUUUGAUUUACCUGAUGACCAGGCUUUAUUAGUUGCGAGAUUUCUUGCUGAGCCUGAACAAGAGGAAUGGAUCUAUUAUGAUAAUUAUUAAACCAAUGAUGUUGUGAUUGUUAUUAGCAUCUUCAGAAAUCUGGUCAAACCUUUUGAACUGCUCAACCCUCAGUAUUACGAUACUAUACAUCAAGAAUUAAAAUAGAUUUUCAAACAGAACAAGAACAAGCUAACUGAUUACUUAAUGUUAAAUGGGGAUAAUUGUGAUCUAACUUAGUUUAAGAAGGCAUUUGAGUAUUGCGAUAUCCCAUUAACAUAAGAGUAAGUUUUUAUUUGAAAUUUAGAUAAGAAACCUAUAUUUCUAUAAGAAUGUAUGAAAAGUAUAGGAGAAUUGAGAAUUUAAAAUACUAAGAAAUAAUUGACUACUUCAAAUGA